CGGCCCGAUCCGGCCCACCUCUGGCUUACUCCCCAAGCAAACGGGUAGCGAUAGAACAACUCUCGACCCUUCUGUUCGUCGCCGUCUCUCCCAAACUUUUCCGAUCGCGGUCGCCCUCCUCGUCGCAUCGCCAUGGUUCUCGAGGCCACCAUGAUCUGCAUCGACAACUCCGAGUGGAUGCGCAAUGGGGACUACACGCCUAGCCGACUUCAAGCGCAAGCCGACGCCAUCAAUCUCAUAUGCGGUGCUAAGACUCAGUCGAACCCAGAGAACACGGUAGGGCUGCUGACUAUGGCGGGGAAAGGGGUCAGGGUCUUGGUGACACCAACUAGUGAUCUUGGAAAAAUACUGGCUUGCAUGCACGGUUUGGAUAUUGGUGGUGAGAUGAACUUGACUGCGGGAAUCCAGGUGGCUCAGUUGGCUCUUAAGCACCGCCAAAAUAAGAAGCAGCAACAGAGAAUCAUAGUUUUUGCUGGAAGUCCAAUUAAUUAUGACAAAAAAACACUGGAGGCAAUUGGGAGAAAGCUGAAAAAGAGCAGUGUUGCUCUAGAUGUGGUUGAUUUUGGAGAAUCAGAGGAUGGAAAACCUGAAAAGCUGACAGCCCUAGUUGCUGCUGUAAACAAUAAUGACAACAGUCACAUAGUUCCCGUUCCACCUGGUUCAAAUGCUCUUUCUGAUGUACUUAUCAGCACACCUAUCUUUACUGGAGAUGGGGAAGGAGGGAGUGGUUUUGCAGCUGCAGCUGCUGCAGCCGCAGCUGGUGGCAUGUCUGGAUUUGAUUUUGGCGUAGAUCCUAAUAUAGACCCUGAGUUGGCACUAGCAUUGAGGAUCUCCAUGGAGGAGGAACGAGCAAGACAAGAAGCAGCUGCCAAAAAGGCUGCUGAGGAUGCUGCUAAAGGGGAAAAAGGUACAGAGCAGGCUUCAAGUUCCAAUGAUGCAACUAUGACUGAAGCAGACAACACUUCAGCCAUUGCUACUGAUGAUAAAAGGCACAAUUUAACGGAAGAUGAGGCUGCAUUACUGGAGCAGGCUCUGGCAAUGUCCAUGGAUGGUGGUAAGGCCAAGAGUGUGGAUAUUGCUGAUGCUGACAUGCCAGAGGCUACUGCCGAAGAUCCUGAACUGGCUUAUGCUCUCCAAAUGUCUGUUCAGGAAGGUGUAAAAGCCUCAGCAUCUGAGUCUGAGAUGAGCAAAGUACUCGAGGACCCAUCAUUUGUCUCAUCUAUCAUAAAUUCGCUUCCUGGAGUUGACCCUAAUGAUCCUUCACUCAAAGAUUUAUUGGCAUCUUUACAAGGCCAAUCAGAGACCCAACAAAAGCAAAUGGAGGAGGAUGAGCCGAAAAAAGAUAGUGAGGAAUGAACUUCUUCAAGGACUCCCUAUCCCUGCCUACAUCUUUCUUGGACAUCUCUUCCAUGGCCACUAUCGACUGCUUUUGAAUGAAGAUUUCCUGCAAUUGUUUUGGAGCUCAAGUUUGUACCAUCUCAUGUGUGGCUUAUUCACUACCUUAUCAUUUUUCUUUCCAAGGAUUAAUUUAUCCAGUGUACUCGAAUUACAUGGACAACUUUGCAGGCAGCUUAUCUCUGGUACAUGACAGUGUUUAAGUGCAUCAAUUCAAGUUUGUUUUUAAGAAAAGAAUCUUGUCUAGUAUAAUUAAACUAGUCAUGUGAUAUGCUUUCUAGUU